CCGCCGCUUUGCGGGUUCGCUCGUUUAAUCUCCUUCAAUUAAAAUAAAUUUAUACCAAAGUCCAACGACGCACAGUGCUGUGCUAAAGUGAAGGAACUUCGAGCAGUGCAAAGGUGUGUUGCGACUAUUACAACGCAAAAUAGUGGUGCGUGACCUAGUUUUGGCGACUCCAAAACUUAGCAGCUCCUAUCGUCGGCGCUCCGGUUUUCCAUCGGGCGUUGGGACGAAUCGAUGUGAGGCCGCGUACGGCCCGAAUGACAGCUUUGCACAUUGAUCGGGCUUGAUCCAGACCAAUGGUGAUUGGAUGACGAUCUCGGCCCGCUCUCCAGACAAGGAGCCUUCGCCACCUGAGCAGAUCAACCUUGCCGAGCCGCUGGUGGAGUCAGUGCGUAUCUACCUCGCCCAUGAGCUGCCGCCGAAGCAGCUAGCGCCGACAGGCACGCCGCCGGCUUCCUGUCAUGCGGACAUAGGCAGCGAUACAGCGCGUGAGGACAUCCGAGGGAUCAAUUUCGAACCCCGACUGCAGCGCAACGGCAAUGACGUAAACAACAACGCGUCGCGCCGCGCCAUGCCUAGCCAAGCCGAACUCAUGCAGCGCCAACCGCUGCUGGCGCGCGCCGUUAAGCCAGACGCGCCGCAGCCUACCACCGACGACUCCGACCCCGACCAGGAUCACUCGCCACAGCGCACGCACGCCACCGAUUUUGUCGUUGAAAUUCCGCCGGGCACCGUUCGCGAAGAACGCUACCCGAAGGAGAUAUGGAAAACGAUAAUCUCCUUCUUUUUCCUUUUUCUCUGCGUCUGCAUUAAUAUGAUGUCAUUGUCUCUUGUCCACGAGCGGCUUCCCGAUAGAAAUACCACUUCACCCCUCGGGGAUAUCGUCCUCGACAAUAUAACGGCAAGGGAUUGGGGCCUGGCCGUGUCGGAGUAUCUCAUCAUGAUAUCGACGACGGUCGCGAUGAUGGUCGUCAUAUUCCACAAGCACCGGUUCAUCGUGGCGCGCCGCAUGUUCUUUAUAAUCGGUCUGCUGUACCUGUACCGCUCGGUCACCAUGUUCGUGACCGUCCUGCCGGUCUCGAGCACGACAUACUACUGCAGCCCAAAGAGUAACAACACGACGCCGCUGCUCGUUAUUAGAAGGAUGUUUUACCUCAUUUCUGGCUUCGGAUUAUCUAUCAACGGGAAGCAUACGUACUGUGGGGAUUAUAUAUAUUCGGGGCACACAAUGGUACUAGUGUUGAGUUAUUUAAUAGUAGCAGAAUACUCGCCGAAGAAGUUAUGGCCCGUACAUUGGGCCAUGUGGGGGUCGGCAAUACUGGGCGUUUCGUUUGUUUUGCUAGCGCACGGCCACUACACCGUAGACGUGGUGAUUGCCUACUACGUUACGACGCGGCUAUUCUGGACGUUCCACUCGCUGCUGGUGACGCCUUAUCGGAGCGGCGGCGGCUACAACCAGUACAUGAUUCAGCGGGAGUGGUGGUAUUGGCUAUUCACGUACCUGGAGAGGAACGUACGCGGUCCAGUGCCUCGGCGGUACGACUGGCCGCUGCCCUGGCCACGCACCAAGCUCUUCAGCCGACUUAGCUAGUGACGAGCGCGCGCCGCGCCGCCGCCGGAGCGGGUAUGACCCUUACCUUCUGCGAAUGACGCUUGAGCACCUGCAGCUCCUUGGGGCUGGUGCGCGUGCAGAUCGCCAACGUGAGCGUGUAAUCGA